GGUACCUUGAGGGACCGAGGCCUGGACCAACUCCACUUAAUUUUCUUUCAACCUUUUCUGCCGCCAUGGGGCCGUUGCUGUCUCCGAUAACCGCAAUCGCGCUUCUAAGCAGUGGGUUUCUCUUCUGGAGUUCUCUCCGUUGCCGAAUCCGCCCUCCAAGGCCCGUCUGACGUGCAUCCGCGUCUUGCGCUCUUGUCGCAAAGGAAGCCGACGAAAAAACUCGCUGAAUUUGUUCUCGGUCUCGUCGACCCGCGGAGCCGACCGAAUUUCUCUCCAUCAUGUCCGCCGAGAUGGCAAACGAGAUCAAACUGAUCAGCGGCCGCAGCCACCCGGAACUCAGCGACAAAAUCGCGAAGCGGUUGGGUAUCGAAGUGGCUAGGACCAUUUCCCUCAACUACUCGAACCAAGAAACAUCGUUCACCGUUGGCGAGUCGGUCCGUGACGAGGAUGUGUUCAUUGUGCAGUCGACCCAAACCGGUGACGUGAACGAGGGGUUGAUGGAGUUGUUGAUUAUGAUAUCGGCGUGCAGAACAGCGAGCGCCAGGAGGAUAACAGCGGUGAUUCCAAAUUUUCCUUAUGCCCGCCAAGAUAAAAAGGACAAGUCACGGGCUCCCAUCAGCGCAAGACUGGUGGCCAACAUGCUCCAAACCGCUGGUGCCAACCAUGUCAUAACUGUCGACCUCCACGCUUCACAGAUUCAAGGCUUCUUCAGCGUUCCUGUGGACAACUUGUACGCCGAGCCUUCGUUCCUGCGCUACAUCAGAGAGAAUUUCAAUCCGGAGGAUUGCGUAAUCGUCUCCCCUGAUGCUGGUGGCGCAAAAAGAGCCACAUCCAUCGCCGAUCAUCUCAAUACGGCAUUCGCCCUUAUCCACAAGGAGAGGCCGAGGCCCAACGUUGUCGGCCGCAUGGUGCUUGUUGGCAAUGUUGAGGAUAAGGUGGCUAUCCUUGUUGACGACAUGGCGGACACAUGCGGCACACUGGUGAAGGCAGCCGCGGUUCUCAAGGAAAAUGGCGCGAAGUCAGUCCUUGCGCUCGUUACCCAUGGGAUUCUGUCCGGUAACGCCAUCGAGACUCUGAAUGGCAGUGUUCUUUCUGCCCUCAUUGUCACAAACACCGUACCGCUAGGGGAUAAGGUGGAGCGGUGCCCCAAGCUUCGGGUGAUUGAUAUUAGCCCGACAAUUGCAGAGGCCAUUCGUCGUACUCACAACGGCGAAUCUGUUUCUUACCUUUUCACCCACGCUCCUGUAUAAGCGGGACUCGAGCUAUGGAAUCAUAUCUCAAGAUUGUAAUAGCUUUCCAAAUCGGGCUCAUCAAUAGCCAAGCAUGCGUUUACCGGGGGCAAGGAUAACGGCGCGCAUUGGAGCAGUUGGCCGCGAUAGGAUUGCCACUGAAGUUCUGUAUACGACUGAAGGUAUUGUAGGAGUUGAGCGACACCAUAAAGCAACUGGGGAUUUCCAUGAUGAACCAUCAAGUGGUUGCUUAAUACCUGGUGGUCAAACGGGCGAAGCGGUUCCAUCACAACAACCGGCAAAGUUCCAGUUGGUUCGGAUUAACUCGAGGAACCUAAGCGGCCUACAUAUACAUAGAGGGUAUGUGGCUGUCGUCACAGGUCCCAGCCAAAGCACGUCUCAUCGCCCAUUCCUUGGGAGGACUCAAGAUUAGCACCAGGCGAAGAAUGGAACGGUGUGGCACAGUGGAAGCAUUACUACUUCUUACUAGUACCGUAUGUUCCGAUGUCCA